AUGACCCGAGGAGACCCGGGUCACCAGCGGCAGGCUGUCCGUCUGGCUCCCAGUCACGAUGGCAGAGUGAAGAUGGGCGACUGGAACUUCCUCGGCGGGGUUUUGGAGGAGGUGCACAUCCAUUCCACCAUGGUGGGCAAGAUCUGGCUCACCAUCCUCUUCAUCUUCCGCAUGCUGGUGCUCGGCGUGGCGGCGGAGGACGUGUGGAACGACGAGCAGGCGGACUUCGUGUGCAACACCGAGCAGCCCGGCUGCAGGAACGUGUGCUACGACCACGCUUUCCCCAUCUCCCUCAUCCGCUUCUGGGUGCUGCAGGUCAUCUUCGUGUCUUCUCCCUCGCUGGUGUACAUGGGCCACGCUCUGUACAGGCUGCGGGCGCUGGAGAAGGCCCGGCAGAGGAGGAAGGCGCUGCUGCGGAAGGAGCUGGAGCUGGUCGACGCGGAGUCGGCGGAGGCCAGGAAGCGGAUCGAGCGCGAGGUGAAGCAGCUCGACCAGGGCAAGCUGAACAAAGCCCCCCUGAGGGGCUCGCUGCUGCGGACCUACGUGGCCCACGUCUUCACGCGCUCGGUUGUGGAAGUGGCCUUCAUGACGGGCCAGUACCUCCUCUACGGCUUUCACCUCCACCCGCUCUUCAAGUGCGAGCGGGACCCCUGUCCCAACGCCGUGGACUGCUACGUCUCCAGGCCGACGGAGAAAAGUGUCUUCAUGGUGUUCAUGCAAUGCAUCGCGUCCAUAUCGCUCUUCCUGAACCUCAUGGAGCUCACGUACCUGGCUUACAAGAAGGUCAAGGACGGCAUCUUGGACUUUUACCCCGGCUUGAGGGACGACCCCGAUGACUACUGCGCUAACAGGUGCAAGAAAGAAUCCGUCGUGCAAAUGUCCACCGGCGUCCCCCGAAGGGCCACGGUUGCCUCCGCACCCUGUGACUGCAACCUCUUGCCGGAGAGGUACCCGAACCUCCUCAAACCUCCAUCUUUUCUCCCUCAUCGGAGCGACCCGACCCAUCUGCACUUUUUGGAGGAUUCCAGGGGUUCAGCGGCUUUCAACAGCGGGCCCUCCUCCCUGAUUCAGCCGAAGCCGGAGGCCGGAGAGCCGCGUGGCAAAGAGGGCGGCGGCGGCGAAAGAGGGGAUCCAGACUCGCCAAAGGAGGCCGGCUCCAACUCCAGCCCGGAGCUACCGGACGAGUCCAGCUCGGGAUCCAGGGACAACCCCAGGCCGCCUUCCUCCAACGGCAAGACGCCAGUCGACAGGCGGCUGGCAGACCUGCAAAUCUGAACUUUUUAAACGGCGCCCUUACGGCGACACACGUGA